AUGUUGCGAUCGGUGGGUUUGGUGCCGAAGGUGGGUGCCGAAGGUGGGUGCCGAAGGCGCCCAUGGCCCUGGUUUAGCCCACGUGUUCGAUAUUCAUUGGCUGUUCAUUUUGGUAUAAACAGGAGUCCCCCAAGUCCCCUUGCGAGAGUUCUCGGAAGGGGAUUUGAAGUUGUCUUCGGAAGGAACCGUGGCCCUACCGUUCGGCAGUCCAACUUGGGGAAGGGGCUAAACUUUGUCCAUUCCGGCAUUAUUUGUUCAGAGGCUGACGUCGAUGAAGUCAGAAGGUCGCGUAGAGUUGACGGGCGAAGGGACGUCUGA